AUGGCGGAUCCCUGUGCCAACUUCUCACGGUACAUUGACUUAAGUUUGGCGGAUGCCAGCCCCCCCUGGAACGGGAGCUGUGAGUACGACCAGUACGUGACAUCCCUCGAUUCGCGAGGAGAGGAGGACGCCGUCAAGACCUAUCAGGUUCGGGUGGUGAUUGGCGUCGUGCUGGUCUGCAUUAUGCUGGUCUGCGGCAUUGGCAACCUCCUCUUCAUCGUCACCUUGGCCAGGUACAAGAACCUGAGGAACAUCACCAACCUUCUCAUCGUCAACCUGGCUGUCUCCGACUUCAUUGUGGCCAUUGUGUGCUGCCCUUUCGAGAUGGAUUACUAUGUGGUCAGGGAGCUGUCCUGGAACUUCGGACACGUUCUUUGCUCCUCUGUGAACUACCUCAGGAUGGUCUCCCUCUACGUCUCCACCAAUGCUCUCUUGGUCAUAGCAGUCGACAGGUAUUUGGUGAUAGUGCACCCACUAAAGCCUCGCAUGAAGUUACAGACGGCCUACUGCAUCCUGAUUGCCGUUUGGGUCGUGUCCCUGGUUAUCUCCAUCCCCUCGGCCUACUUCAUGACCGAGACCACCUUCGACACCUUCCCCGGCGGCGGCGGAGGGAAGGUAUUCUGCGGGCAGAUCUGGCCGAUGGACAAGGUGCAUUUCUACAGGUCUUACUUUCUGUUCCUCUUCGUCCUGGAGUUUGCCGCUCCCGUGGUGACUAUGUCGCUGUGCUACCUGCAGAUCAGCAGGGAGCUGUGGUUCAAGACGGUGCCCGGCGUGCAAACCAAACAGAUCAAGAAGCGACUGAGAGCCCGGCGGAAGACAGUCCUGGUCCUGAUGGCGAUACUGACGGCCUACAUCUUCUGCUGGGCCCCGUACUACGGGUACGCCAUCGUCCGGGAUUUCUUCCCCAGCGUGCUCCUGCGGGAGAGGCACUCGAUCACGGUGUACUACAUCGUGAAGUGCAUCGCGGUGAGCAACAGCAUGAUCAACACGCUCUUCUUCGUCACCGUGAAGAACAACGCCAUUAAGUACGCCAGGAAGGCCCUGCUACAGGGCUGCAGGGCCGCCCAGCUGCAGGACAAAAGCACCGUGGCUCAGGACUGCCGGACCUCAGUGCUGCCCGUGUCCGAAUGACUGAGGGGGGGGCUUUUCCGUGCGAGUGGAGACCCCGUUGAGCCUGGGCGGUAGUUGGCUGUGAACCCUACAGCGAGGCUCCUUGUCCUUUGGAGAUGGCUCUUUGGCUGGGAUGCCAGGGCCCGAGUAACUUUAAGCCCUAACCGAGCCACGGUGAUAUUUGAGCCCCGGAUCCUAAGGGGAUGCCGAAGUUUCAAAGCUCUCCUCCUCCGGCUGCAAGUGCCCGCUCAGCAGCCUCCCAUCGCAAAUAUACAAGUUCAUCUUUCCGAUUCUGGAGGGCUUCGCGGGGCUUUCUCAAUCGCGACAAAAACGCUUGGUGUGACUGGGGCCCUGCCCGUUGCUAGCGCAGAAGAGUUUCAGGUACACAGAGCGGCCGCGUCAGUCGGUGCUCCUGUGCGCAGGCUCGCUAGACGCCUAAUCGGGCGGCAACUCAAGG